AUGGCGAAUCAACAACAAAUAACGACUCGGCCACGGAUCCUCGAAGCUGUGUCUUUAACGGUAGUCAUUCUAAUAGCCGCUCACGUCUUGGCUCUAGUUUAUUGGAUUUACAGCUUGGCUACUAAGAAGCAGCCUCAGAGAAAAAAGGAGCACUAG